UUUCUCUUUCACAAUAUGAACACUCAAUCUCAGCUCUUUAAAUUCGCCAGUUUGUUUAUACAUUCACUCACCAACAAUUUUUCACAAAUUUGCCCCAAAUUCAUAACCCUAAUUUCUCUGUGAGAUUCUCCAUGGCCACUACUGAAGAACAAGCUGUCCCGAUCGAGGCCGCGGCUGAGAUUCCGGAGAGCAAAGAAGCACCGGCGCCGGAGCCCAAAGAGCCGAAGACGAAGAAGGCUCCUGCUACGAAGAAGCGCACAUUCCCCACCCACCCUCCGUACUUCGAGAUGAUCAAGGACGCGAUCGUCACGCUGAAGGACCGGACUGGAUCGAGCCAGUACGCCAUCGCCAAGUUCAUCGAGGAUAAGCAGAAGAAUCUGCCGUCCAAUUUCAAGAAGUUUCUGCUCGUCCAGCUGAAGAAGCUCGUGGCCAGCGAUAAGCUCGUGAAGGUGAAGAGCUCCUUCAAGCUGCCGUCGGCUCGCCCAGCCAAGCCAGCCCCGCCGGCGAAGAAGAAGUCUGUUUCCGUCCCGAAACCUAAGCCCAAAUCCGCAGGCACCAAGGACAAGAAGGUUGCCGUCUCCAAAGCCAAGCCGAAGGUUAAAACUGCCGCCGCAAAACCGAAGGCUGCUGCGGGCUCCAAAACUAAGCCGAUUGCAAAGGCCAAAGCGGCUGCUCCUGUGAAGGCCAAGGCCGCAACAAAGAGGAAGGCGCCGGAAACCUCGAAGGCUGAGAAAAAACAGCCGGCUAAGGUAGCGAAGACAGCAGCUAAGUCGACUCCGAGGAAGAAGGCGGCGGCUGCGGCUCCCCAGAAGAAGGCUCCGGCGAAGAGUGUGAAGCCGAAAUCCAUCAAGUCGCCGGCGGCGAAGAAGGCUGCUUCGAAGAGGGGAAAGAAGUGAAGAAAGCGGUAGUUUUGUUUUAAGGGUAGUGUUGUAAUUACAGAAGUGUUAAAAGAGUUUUUAAUUACCCGUUUUUUUACUUUCAGUUUUCCUAUGUAGCUUCGUGCAAUGAAUGAAUAGAGUUUUUAUCUGCCUUCAUCCUUCAGUUUGUCCAUUUCGAUUCUUCAUAUUCUUUUGAAUUAAUGAAGGAUGUUUCUGAAGAUUAUACACGAUUAAAAUUUAAUCAUGGCUUUUGGAUUGGCGAUCAUCAUGGAUAUUGGAUUGGGACUGCUACUGUAUGCUUUUUAUUCUUGGUAAUUUUUGUAAUAUAUUGGUAUAUUUUCUAAUUAUUGUGUUUUGUGUGCUUAAUUGUUGUUUAAUUGUUGUUUUAAUGACCUUAUGCUCUGUAAGUAGAUGGUGAGAUUUUUGGAAUUGCAUUGUGG